AUGCGGAGCAUUGCACCAGAUGUCCAGACAACCAGUAUCCAGGACCAAGAUGAGUGCAUUCCAAAGGUAAUAAUCUUCCUCUCCUAUAAUGAACCUUUGGGGAUCCUCUUGGCUUCCUUGGCCCUUUUCUUCUCCUUCACCACACUCUCCAUCUUAGGAAUCUUCACUGAAUUCUUAGAAACCCCCAUAGUCAGGGCCAACAACCGGGACCUCUCCUACAUCCUCCUCAUUUCCCUCCUGGGUUCCUUCUUGACCUCCUUCCUCUUCAUUGGCCGUCCAAGGAAUGCCACCUGCCUUCUUCGACAGACAAACUUCAGCCUCAUCUUCUCAGUGGCUCUUUCAUCUCUCUUGGCCAAAACAGUCACGGUGGUCUUGGCUGUCUUGGCCACAAAACCAGGGAACGGAAGCUUCACAGUGACUACCAGUGAAAUGAUUAUAAAGUUUGGUCCAUACUACAAGUGGAGACAAGUCAAUGUCUUUGUUUACCAUGCAGAGACCAGUUCUUUCCUCGAAGGCAUAGCAGUAAUAGAAAAGGUGCUUUCUGGCUUUGAGACACCCAUUGUAGGAAAGGUCUGGCUCACAACAGCCCGCUGGGACUUCACUUUAGAACCUGCCUCCAUCCUUGGCUACAACCAGUUCUCUUAUCCUGAUUGGAGACAACCCAUGAGGAAGGGCCUGAACAAGUGUCAGCAGAGGACCAAUGGUCAGCUUCAUCCCUUCCUUCAGAACCCCCAGUUUUAUAAUAAUUCCAUGGAAGGUGUAUACUUGGAUGAGAAAGGAGACCUGGUGGCUAACAUGGACAUCAUGAACUCUGUAAUUUCUGCCAACAAAACCAUAACUCGAAUGAAACUGGGGCAUCUAGAAAGACAGAGAUCCCAAGAUUUCAAACUCACAAUCAACCCAAAUAGUAUUGCAUGGAUGGAAAUGCUGAGCAAGCCUCUGCCUCCUUCCCGGUGUGUGGAAAGCUGUCCUCCCGGAUUCAGGAAGGUGGCUCAGGAGGGGAGGCCCAUCUGCUGCUACGACUGUCUUCCUUGUCCAGAAGGAACCAUCUCCACCAUGGAAGAUGCAGAAAUGUGCACCAGAUGUCCAGAAGAUCAGCAUCCAAACAUAAACCAAAAUCGCUGCAUCCCAAAGGCUAUAAUCUUCUUAUCCUAUAAGGAUUCUUUGGGAAUUGUCCUAGCAACCGUUGCCCUCUUCUUGUCAUUAAUUACAGGCUUUGUUUUGGGAAUCUUCCUUAAAUUCCAAGAAACUCCAAUCGUCAAAGCCAACAACCGGGACCUCUCCUACAUCCUCCUGGUCUCCCUCCUGCUUUCCUUCUUGACCCCCUUCCUGUUCAUCGGUCAGCCAACCAAACCAACCUGCCUCCUGCGACAAAUGGUCUUCAGCAUCAUCUUCUCAACUGCCACCUCUUCUGUCCUAGCAAAGACAAUCACAGUAGUGGUGGCCUUCUUGGCCAGAAAACCAGGGAAUAAACUGAAGAGAUGGCUGGGAAGGAGCUUGGCCAACUCCAUCAUUCUCUGUUGUUCCAGUGUCCAAGUUUUCAUUUGCACCAUCUGGCUGGCCACUUCUCCGCCAUUUCCUGACUCCAAUAUGCACUCACAGCCUGGAGAAAUUGUUCUGCAAUGCAAUGAAGGAUCUGUCCCCAUGUUUUACAGUGCUCUUGGCUACAUGGGCUUCCUGGCUGCCGUCUGCUUCAUGGUGGCUUUCCUGGCCCGGAACCUCCCUGGGGUCUUCAACGAAGCCAAGCUGAUCACCUUCAGCAUGCUGGUCUUCUGCAGUGUGUGGGUCUCCUUUGUGCCCACCUACCUGAGCACCAAAGGGAAGUACAUGGUGGCUGUGCAGGUCUUCUCCAUCUUGGCCUCCAGUGCUGGGCUGCUGGGCUGCAUCUUCAUCCCCAAGUGCUACAUUAUCAUUCUGAAGCCAGAUCUGAAUACAAAAGAA